AUGGUGGAGCUUCGUACUGGCAUAAGGCACCACUCAUCCAUACCCGCGACCCAACCUCCAAGCUCCCCUAUCCUCUCUCUCUCUCUCAGAGCCACCCAAGACCCAAACCCUCUUUGUAUAUGUUUCUCUUUACCUCUGUGUGUGUGUCUCUCUCUCUCUCGCACACCUAGCCCUCCACGACCCAAACCCUCUAUCUAUGUUUCUCUUUCCUUCUGUGUCUCUCCCUACCGUAGUAGCUCGCGGAGUAGGGAGCCAGAUCUGGUCGCGGUGUUGCGCGGGCUAGGUGGAAGAUCUGGGUUGGCUAAGUGGAGAUCUGGGUUGGGUUUUCUGAGAGAUAAAGUGGUGAUGUGGGCUGGGAGUGGUGGUGGUGGUGCUGUGGAGAAGAUGAUGACUCUUGAUUUUGUUUUUGUUUUUAUCUUUUAA